GCUGCUAUAAAUUUCAACCGCCCGGCAAAUCCUCGCCGAUAUAGUCCCCGAAUUUCUUCCUACGCUUUCCCCGCCAUUUGCCUCCUCCUUCUCUCUCUCCCCCCAUCUCCCUUGCCUCCUCGAGUUUCUCUCUCUAAGGCUGCUCGAUUUCUCUGUACUCACUUUCUAUCUCUGAAGCCGCAGUGUCAUGCUCCAAACCCUAGAUUCCCACACUUUUCUAUGCAAUUUCGUUGUGCGAGAGUCUGCAUCGAUGGUGCUACAGUACUAAUCAAUGAGUGCCCCGAGCGGUUCGAGCCUCCGAGGCACCACGCUCUCGAACACGGUCCACUCCGAGGUUGCGCCGUGCCUACCGCUGCCCUCGCUCCCUGUGUUCUGCGGGGCAUUCGAUCAGCAACUCCGGUUGUUCGAUGAGCCGAGGUCAUUGAAUCGAAAUGAGGUUCUUGCUCAGGCCAGCAAGAUUGCUGAUCUGCUUCGCGACACCGAUGUUUCGUACCUGAAUCUUAGGGAUGAUGCAACCUCUCUUCCUCAUGGUUUUCGAGAGCCUUUAGACCUGUACAAUGAAGUUCUCUGUUACAAUUCUCAGGCAUUUGAGUAUAUUACUCCAGGUCCCAUCAAGGAGCAGAUCACCAAUAGUGCUGUUUCUGAAAAGAAGCCCUCUGAGCGGAAUGUACCUGUUACUGGGCAAGCCCAAAAAGACCAUGGAGGAAGCCUUAAUCAUCAAUUUGACCAUGUCAUUGUUAAUGACACAGUUGCCUCUUCUUCUAGAAAAGUAAAGUUGAAGAAGAAAGGAACUAGUGACGUUUCAUCUUCCAUUGAACAAGAUCCCUCUGAGCUUCAGGGUUGCCUCACUGAUGCCACCAUUGGACGUUUUUGUGAGGUGCUGGAGGACUUCUGUAGCAGAGCAGAAGUUCCUAGUGACGAUCGGGAUGAGGCAGAGUGGUUGUCAUUGCCCAUAUCUGAUCUUAGAAUGCUUGUAAAUGAAGUAAUGACUAUCCGUGCAAAAAAAAUUCUACAUUUUGUUCCUGUAGAUUUUCUUGUAAGACUGUUAAAGGUUUUAGAUCACCAGAUUCAUCAUGCAGAAGGUUUAUCAGUAGAUGAAUGUGAACAUUCAGAUUCAGAUGUAGUUUCAUCAAUUUUUUGCGCCUUGGAGUCCAUUCAUGCAGCUAUAGCGGUAAUGGCUCAUAAUGAAAUGCCAAAGCAGCUCUAUAAGGAGGAGGUCAUUGAAAGAAUAUUGGAGUUCUCUAGGCAUCAGAUCAUGGACGUUAUGUGUGCUUGUGAUCCAUCAUACCGGGCCUUGCAUAAACCACGUGAAAAUGGGGUAUUAGAGGGUGAUGAUGAUGAAGAAGCUGAUGCUGAUUUUGGUUCUGCAAGCAAAAGACGACGUACUGUUAGGAGUGUUAAAGUUAAAAAAUCUGCAGCAAACAAGGUUUCUGCUGCUGUGAACUCUAUACUUCAGAAAUUGUGCACUAUUCUUGGUUUUCUCAAAGACUUGUUAUUGAUAGAGCGCCUAUCAGAUAGUUGCAUUCUGCAACUGGUGAAGACAUGCUUCACAACAUUCUUGGUGGAUAAUGUCCAGCUUUUGCAAUUGAAAGCAAUCACUUUGAUUAGUGCGAUAUUCUCUUCAUACAAACAGCAUCGUACUCAUGUGAUGGAUGAAGCACUUCAGUUGCUUUGGAAGAUACCAUCCUCAAAGCGCGUGCUAAGAGCCUAUCACCUACCUGAUGAAGAGCAGAGGCAGAUUCAGAUGGUCACUGCUUUGCUUAUUCAAUUGGUUCACUGUAGUGCCAACCUUCCUGAAUCUUUUGGGCAAGCAUCUAAUGGCAGUCUCAUAUUAGAAGUCUCAAUUGAUGCUAGUUAUGUGACCAAAUGCCAUGAAGCAGUCACAGAGGCAUGUUGCCUUUUCUGGAGUCGUGUUCUUCAGCGAUUUACAACUGUAAAAUCUCAGGAUGCCUCUGAAUUAAAAGUUAUGAUGGAGAAUCUUGUCAUGGAUUUACUGACAACUUUGAAUUUGCCGGAAUAUCCUGCUUCUGCUCCUAUUCUGGAGGUUCUUUGUGUAUUACUGCUCCAGAAUGCUGGGCUGAAAUCUAAAGACAUUUCUGCACGAUCCAUGGCCAUCGACAUUCUUGGAACUAUUGCUGCUAGGUUGAAGCAUGAUGCUGUGCUUUGCAGCAGAGAUGAUUUUUGGAUUAUACAGGAGUUAGUUGGUGGAGACAACGUUGAUUCUAGUUAUUCAAAAGAUGCAUGCUCAAUUUGUUUGAGCGGACGAGGUGAAAGCUCACUUCUUGUAUGUCAAGGUUGUCAGAGAUUGUUCCAUGCAGAGUGCUUGGGAAUCAGAGAACAUGAAAUGCCUGUCCGUGGUUGGGAUUGUCAGUUUUGCCAAUCCAGGAAGCAACUUCUUGUAUUACAUGCAUAUUGCAAGACACAGUGCAAAGAUGAUGGGAAAAAGAAUACCUCUUCAUUAAAAAAGACUUCUGAAGCUACUGACUCAAUUGCGAAAGUUGAAAUUGUUCAACAGAUGCUUUUGAAUUACCUCCAGGAUGCUGGUUCUGUGGAUGACGUGCAUCUUUUUGCUCGCUGGUUUUAUCUUUGUCUAUGGUACAAAGAUGAUCCGGAAUCACAGCAGAAGUUUAUGUACUACCUUGCUAGACUGAAAUCAAAAGCCAUUGUGCGUGACUCGGGGGCAGUUUCUUCAUUGCUGACACGGAAUUCAGUCAAGAAGAUAACUUUAGCAUUAGGGCAAAAAAGUUCUUUCUCCAGAGGAUUUGAUAAGAUUCUUUUUAUGCUUCUGGCAAGUUUAAGGGAGAACUCUCCUGUAAUACGUGCAAAGGCAUUGCGUGCGGUUAGUAUUAUUGUGGAAGCUGAUCCAGAGGUUCUUUGUGAAAAACGUGUCCAACUGGCCGUGGAAGGAAGAUUUUGUGAUUCUGCAAUAUCUGUAAGAGAAGCAGCACUGGAGCUUGUUGGUAGGCAUAUUGCUUCCCAUCCUGAUGUUGGUCUGAAGUAUUUUGAGAAGGUUGCAGAGAGGAUAAAGGAUACUGGAGUGAGUGUUCGGAAACGAGCCAUUAAAAUCAUCCGAGAUAUGUGCACUUCCAAUGCUAACUUCUCAGAAUUUACCAAUGCUUGCAUUGAGAUUAUUUCUCGUGUCAGUGAUGAUGAAGCUAGCAUUCAGGACCUUGUUUGCAAGACAUUUUAUGAGUUUUGGUUUGAGGAGCCUUCUGGUUCGCAGACUCAAUUUUUUGGAGAUGGCAGUUCUGUUCCAUUGGAAGUGGCAAAAAGGACAGAGCAGAUUGUUGAGGUGUUGAAGAAGAUGCCAAGUCAUCAACUUCUUGUCACUGUUAUCAAGCGCAACUUAGCUCUCGACUUUUUUCCACAGUCAGCUAAAGCUGUUGGUAUCAACCCUAUCUUACUGGCAUCAGUACGUAAGCGCUGUGAAUUAAUGUGCAAAUGCUUACUGGAAAAGAUAUUGCAGGUAGAGGAAAUGAAUAGUGAGGAAGUCGAGGUGCGCACUCUUCCUUAUGUUCUGGUCUUGCAUGCUUUUUGUGUUGUGGAUCCAACGCUGUGUGCCCCGGCCUCUGAUCCCUCCCAGUUUGUUGUCACCUUACAGCCAUAUCUGAAAAGUCAGGUUGAUAAUCGUGCAGUGGCACAGCUUCUGGAGAGUAUUAUUUUUAUAAUUGAUGCUGUUCUACCCUUGUUGCGAAAGCUUCCUCAGAGUGUAGUUGAAGAACUUGAGCAAGACCUUAAGCACAUGAUUGUGCGGCAUUCUUUUCUGACAGUUGUCCAUGCUUGCAUCAAGUGCCUUUGCUCGGUGAGCAAAGUAGCCGGAAAAGGUUCAAGUGUAGUCGAGUAUCUUAUCCAGGUCUUCUUCAAACGUUUGGAUGCCCUGGGCUUAGGGCUUGACAACAAGCAGCAAGUGGGGCGGUCUCUUUUUUGCCUUGGGUUGCUUAUACGCUAUGGUAAUUCUUUGAUGAAUGCCUCCAGCUCCAGUAACAAAAAUUUAGAUGUUAUAUGCUGUCUCAGCUUGUUUAAGAAAUAUCUCCGUGUGGAGGAUUUUGUUAUAAAAGUUAGAUCUUUGCAGGCAUUGGGUUUUGUUUUAAUUGCAAGACCGGAAUAUAUGUUGGAAAAAGAUAUUGGGAAAAUAUUAGAGGCAACACUGUCUUCCGAUUGUGAUUGUCGUCUUAAGAUGCAAGCAUUGCAAAACAUGUAUGAAUAUCUUCUUGAUGCUGAAGUUCAAAUGGGAAUUGAAAUGGCUAGUGACAAUGAUGUUCAUUAUUCGGUAGAAGGUGGCCGCAGUGUGCCUGUUGCUGCAGGUGCUGGUGAUACUAACAUCUGUGGUGGAAUAGUUCAGUUGUAUUGGGAUCGUAUCUUGGGGAGAUGUUUGGAUGUCAAUGAUCAAGUUCGUCAGUCUGCCCUUAAGAUUGUGGAAAUUGUGCUACGUCAAGGUCUUGUUCACCCUAUUACUUGUGUACCAUAUCUUAUAGCACUUGAAACAGAUACCCAGGAGGUGAACUCAAAGUUGGCUCAUCAUUUGCUGAUGAAUAUGAAUGAGAAGUAUCCCACUUUUUUUGAAAGUCGUUUGGGUGAUGGUCUUCAGAUGUCUUUUAUCUUUAUACAGUCUUUGAGUAGCACUCCUGAAAAUGCAAACCAAAAGUCCCAAUCCAAAAUAAUUGGAAAUAUAAAAGGAAAAGCAGAUGGAGCCUCAUUCUCUUUUGCAAGGCUUGGAGUGUCUCGAAUCUACAAACUCAUUCGUGGAAACCGUGUUUCUAGGAACAAAUUUAUGUCCUCGGUUGUUCGUAAAUUUGAUUCUCCAAGCUGGAAUGAUUUAGUAAUUCCAUUUCUGAUGUACUGUGUAGAAAUACUUGCCUUGCUCCCUUUCACAUCACCUGAUGAGCCUCUUUAUUUGAUUUAUGCCAUAAAUCGAGUUAUCCAAGUUAGGGCAGGACCACUUGAGGCUAACAUGAAAGCCUGGAGCUCACACCAACUACAGAGACAUUCACAAAAUGUAUCUCAUGAAAAUGGAAACAUUCAACAGGAGGUGUCUGCUCGUAGUAUUAAUUACACAGUUCCAGUUGAUGCGAAUGGGACAGUACAACAGUCAGUGGGUGAGCCUAUGUCUAAUUACGCUACAUCAGUGGAUUCAAAUAUUCAUCCUAUGAGCUUAGAUGGUUCUUGUGGUAACCUAAAAGAUGAUCUACAGAAAAUCCAGGCUGACUGUCUUGCGGCUACAGCACUGCAACUCCUCCUGAAGCUAAAACGGCACCUGAAAAUUGUUUAUAGCCUAAAUGAUGCUAGGUGCCAGGCUUUUUCUCCGAAUGAACCCCUAAAACCUGGGGAGGUUCUCUCAAGGCAGAACAUUCCCUUUAACAUCAGUGACACACGUGUUAAUUUGCCAACAACUUAUGAAGAAUUUAUACAAAGAUAUCAGGAAUUUAAACAUGCGUUGAAGGAAGACACAAUUGACUACUCAACCUACACAGCAAACAUCAAGAAGAAGCGUCCUCCCCCAAAAAGAGUUGGGAAGUCUGGCGGCCGCGUGACUGGUGAAGGCGAAGAUGACGAUGACGAUGAUGAAGAUUUUACAGCCGGCACCAGCUUCCAGCGGUUGAGUAAUAUUGGCAGGAAAGUCGGCAUCACUAGAGCCAGCAGGCAACGAAUGUAGUUGUAAGUAACUAAUAGGUAGGCUAACAUGUACAUUAAAUUGCUGAGAAGGGGAAAAACUUAUUGAAAACAAAAUAUGAACAAGGAGAUAGAAAUCUAGAAAAGAGGAACGAAAGCAGAAGCCACAGGAGACCACUGGCUUUACUUAGGAGUGCUUUCUGUACCCAUUUCCAUUUUGUAAUUCAUUAGGCAAUAUAGUAAUCGUGCAUUCAUUUUUUCACAAAUGAGAUUCAACUUUCUUAGGUCAGUAGUGUUCAAUAUAUCAGAGGGGAUCUUUUUGUUUUUUGGUAGUUAUUCUGAAAUAUAUGUGGAAUUUAGAGAUCUGUGUACAUAUAAAAUAUCACCCUCCAAGACAACUAAACGUGCCAAGAUUGAGCUCUUUGUUCCCCAUUCUAAUGUAUUUCUUCUUUCUUUUGGCUUA